UAGCUUGUAUUUAAACCAGCUUCAAAUUUAACUAUAACUCAUAUUAUCAAGUAUAAAACUUGAGCUUUGUCGUACGCAUAAAAUGGCGUUUGGGUGGAAAAGUUUGUUACUGCUUUUCGCCUUGACUAUACUGGCGAAGUCUUCGCAUGGAAUAUCAUCCUAUUGUGACCCAAAUCUAAACUGCCUUGUAAACGAAUGCGUUAGUGCAACUUGUCCUAUUGUACCUGGCGCAAGAUGCAUUUCAUUUUGCAAUGGUUGCAUUGCACGUUUCUUCUUCAACGGAAAAGACGUCACCAAGAAUUGUAAAAUUGAUAAACGGUGUGGAAGUUCAGAAGAAAGCUUAUCACGAAGUAAACGAUUCGCUUGUGGUAGGCCAUGUAGUCGCUACGGUAGUUGCCCUUCGGGUCUGAUAUGCUGUCCGUCUGGUGGAUGUGGACUGAUGUGUAGAAAACCACCAAUAGUUACUGAUCCAAAGUGUCCUGCACGGAGAGGAAAGCGCAGAAGAAAGAGAUCUAUCUGUGAGGUGGACUGUUACUCAAACAAAGACUGCCAAUUCUAUGAAAUGUGCUGCAAUGGUCCUCUAUGUGGGACAUCUUGCCAUCCUCGCUUGCCUUAUUAUGGUUACAAACGUUAAUAUAUAUCAUAAUAUAAAAAGAACAAAUAUA